GCUCAGACGGUCACAACAUGGUCUUGUUCCAGCUGCGUUCGCUCGACGCUGUCGGCUUUGAUCUCGACCACUGCGUCAUCAAGUACCGCCUCCCGCCCACCAACAAGCUGAUUCACGACGCGAUUGUCGCCUUCCUGACUUCGCUCCACAACGACGUCGCUCGUGCCAAUGCCGAGUCUGCGCGAGACAACCUGGCCAGUGCAGAUCUGAUGAGCGGUGGCGACGGACUGUCCGCCUCCUCUGCCACUGCAACUGCAAUGGAUGUCUCGCGCUCGUCGUCCAGAGACCGCGCAUUGCUGUCGACAGCCGCGCUGCAAGGACUCUAUGAGGACGCUGCGUACCUUGCCGAGUUUGACGAGACAUUUGGCAUCAAGGGCUUGGUGUUUGAAAUGCCAACGGGAAAUCUGCUCACCGUCGACGAGACGGGCUGCAUUGUCAAGUGCUUCCAUGGAACACGACAAAUGACCGUUGCAGAGAUUGAAACGACCUAUGGCGGACGUCAAUGGCACGACUUCCCAGCGCUCAAAAGCUUUGCACGACAAGAUCGGUUUGUUCACUUGAGCACCUACUUUAAUGCCCCUGUGGCCUAUCUAUGUGCACGCCUUGUGGAUCUUUGCGACACGCGGCAAAUCGAGUACUCGUUCUGGAGCGACAUCUGGGCUGGGUUCAACUUUAUGUUCACUCCAUCCGCGUUUGCCUCGCGCCAGGGCCACUUUUUCUCCGCGCUGAUUGACGAGACAGAGAAAUACGUUUACAAACGGGACGAUGUCCGAGUGCUUCUGAGCCGACUACGGGAAGCCAACAUUAUGACGUUUUUGCUCACCAACUCCCAUGCCGACUAUACCAAUCUUCUGCUUAACUUUGCGAUCGGAUCGGACUGGCGCUCGCUCUUCACUCUCGUCAUUGUCAAUGGCGAAAAGCCGUCCUUCUUUGAGGCGACCAACAAGCCAUUCCGAGUGAUUGACGAUGCCACCUUGCAGCUCGAGACGAUGGACUCGCGACCGCUGGCCAUUGACGGGCGCAUUUACUCUGGCGGCUGUGUUUCGCUCCUUGAACCAGUGCUGCGUCAAUAUCGCGUUGCCCAACUGGCCGAGCGAGGGCUACCAACAUGCGCACCGGAAGCCUAUCCAUUCAGAGCGGCCUACGUCGGUGAUAACAUUCACUCGGACAUUGUUGUGGUGCAUAGCAACACGUCUUGGUUUACGAUCGCGGUCGUCGAAGAGAUGAAUGACGAUGACCUGCUUGAUCUGGGCGACUCGGUGGUGCCGCAGCGGUCCUUGUUGUUCUCGAGUCAAGCGGUGAGCACUCGCAGCCGCCGCCGCUUGGAGGAAUCUCCGCUCCAGUCCAGCAGCUCGGACGACUCCGAGUCACCGGCGCCUCGGGCUGAAAUGCGAGCCCUCACCAUCCAACCCUCAGGCAAUGCAAGCCCGAUCGUGCAUCACAACUUGCUGCAGGUACCUGUUGAGCACGUCAUCCCGCGAUCCAUGAGUGACACUCUACUGCAAGUUAGUGCGCCUGCAUCUGCGCUGUCCGUGCAGACCGUUUCGACGCCCACCAAGCGACCCCGGAUGGAGCCGUUCAACACCCAUGCGAGCGCCAUCGACUCUUCGAUGCAUCUCGUGGAUGCACCUCCCCUCGUCCAGGUGACGGCCUCGAUGCAGUUCCCGUUCGGCCGCGGCUACCUCCGCCGCUUUACGCAGCGCUGGGGCUCGUUCUUCCUCGCUGGCACCCCGGGCCUCGACAGCGACACGCCUCUGUUGACGCAUUUGGGCCGCGUCAUUGUUGAGCACAGCUCUGUGGUUGUUCCCUGCAUUACGUUUCUUUCGAAGGCGGGCUUGGACUACACCCUCGGCGCUCGCGACGACGAUUUCACGACCGUCUUCCAGGGGCAUGUUCCUCAAGUGCUGCGUCGCUUCAGUCCGUCUGCAUCACGAACCGCGCUUGACGAGCUCGAGUCGAGAUCAGCGGCCGCCCAACCGAUGCAAUUGUAACCAUUUUCAACGGCGCAGAUUUCUACCGAAAGAUGGAUGCGCUACAACACUAUGCAGUUCCCAUGUUUUUAAAAAAAAAAAGAAAGAAAAAAGUAAAACG